GAGAUGGGGAGGGGUGGAUGGGGGAUUGAAAAUGCGACGGUGGGGUUUGAAGAGGAGGGAGGAGGAGGAGGAGGAGAUAGAGGGAAGUUUGGAGGAUCGAUGGGUGGACUAUGGCAGGCUAUGACGCUCCCUUCGAGUCCGGUACUAGGGUGUCAGAGUACGACUUAUAUUGGCACCGAUACGGAGUCUACACUGCGGAAUCCAACUCACGUAUUUCGAAACUCCUUCGGCGCUGGUACGCAUCUUGAGCAGCAAAUGAGUAUGAUACAAUUCAACAUCGCCGCCCGCGCAGCUAGAAUCAAAGAACUGAAGAAAGCCGAGCCAGCGAUGGGAUAUAGGGAUGUUGAUGUUGAAGCGCUACUGCAGCAUCUACGGCAAGAACAGAGCGAAGCACAGAUGCGGCUGUGGAAAAAGUCGCAGGAGAAAUGGUUGCAUGAUUAUCUGGCCAAGGGACGGAGUCUCGGUCUCGUGGCGCCGGGGACGGUGUAUGCGGUGCAGGAUGCGAAGAAGGGAUGUUGGGUUCGGCCUGGACCCAGGGAGUUCGAUGUCGUUUGUAUUUCCGAUAUAGAUGCGGAGAAAGGGACGAUGGGGUAUACUCUAGCUGAGGGCGAGUGGGUGGGCGAUUUACUUCUCAGCGCGUUGAAAUGA